ACGCUAACUGAUGACGUCAUCACUCCGCGACCUCCUCACAUGCAGGAAGGCAAACUAGUAACAAACCGUGUGGAAACACGUUCCCGUGGUUGUCUCUCAUUUAGGUGACCGGGUGAAGAUUGUCCUGAGGAGAGUUUGAAUCGUGUGACUCCACCAUGAGUUCGUCAAUGCCUCAGAAGAGGUUCUACAGACAGCGAGCCCAUUCUAACCCCAUGGCUCAUCACUCGUUUGACUAUCCUGUGUGUCCAGAGGAAAUGGACUGGUCCACGCUGUACCCACACGUCCUCACUGGAGACCAGCCUGAGAAAGAGACCCCCCGAGUGGAGUUUGCGGACAUUGGAUGUGGAUAUGGAGGUCUACUAGUGGAGUUAUCUCCACUAUUCCCAGAGAAUCUCAUCCUGGGCCUGGAGAUCCGGGUCAAAGUUUCGGAUUAUGUUCAGGAUCGUAUCAAAUCACUACGUGCCGCUGAACCAGGAAGCUACCAGAACAUCGCCUGCCUUCGCAGCAACGCAAUGAAGUAUCUGCCCAACUUCUUCACUAAAGGACAGCUCAGUAAGAUGUUCUUCCUCUUCCCUGACCCCCACUUUAAGAAGACCAAGCACAAGUGGAGGAUCAUCAGUCCCACGUUGUUGGCAGAGUACGCCUACACACUGAGAGUCGGGGGUUUGGUGUACACAAACACUGAUGUGGAGGAAGUUCACCUCUGGAUGGUGAAGCACUUCACGGAACAUCCACUGUUUACACGCAUGUCUGAUGAAGAGCUGGUCGGGGACGUCAUCACCAGCCGUUUGGGUACUUGUACAGAAGAAGGAAAGAAAGUGCUGAGAAACGGAGGGAAAAAUUUCCUGGCGGUUUUCCGGAGGAUUGAGAAUUUUAACUAGGAUCAAACACUUUGGAUGUGCAGGGAACUGGAGUAAUGGUCUUACACAGUCAUUCAGACCGGAUCUGCUCGCUCUGUUGAAAUGGAGGUGGGUGGGUGGGGGGGGGUUCCCAAGCAGACGAACACUUUUUUUUCCUUUCUUUUUUUGAUGAACUUUUGCUUCAUUUCCUGACAGAGGUUUUUUUUGUCACGUAAUUUAUGUCCUCCAUUCACAUUCACACAGGAUCUGUAUUCAGAAAAGACCUGUGAGCUCUUGUCAGAAGCUUUUAACUGUUCCCCUUUUUUUUUCAAAGAAUAUUAAUUCUUUCAUAUCUUUUGCCUGAAUUGACGGUGAUGUUUUUUAUAUUCCUGUAAAACUGCUAAUUCAGUUUUCUUAGUAAAUCAAAUUUAGUGAUAAUUUACACGGUUUGUAAAUGAACACAAACGACUAAGUAUUCUUGUUUUCCACUUUGGGAUCUGCCACUUAACAAGACAAACACAAAAACCUUGAUCACUUGUUUUAAAGUUGCAUCCUUGCCCUAGAUUUGAAAAGAAGUUCGGGUUUAAUACAAUCUGUUUGAAAAUGACUCAAAUAUCAAAUAUGUGCGGCGGGAACUAUAACUUCAUGUUAAUAAGCAGUGUUGGUGGCUGAAUAUGAAAUGUGUAACACAUGGAAGUUUGCCAACGAUCUACAGUACAUGUUUUGCUUAUUGAGUCAUUGCCUGGAUUAAAGAUAAACCAGUUUUCA